AUGUAUCCUAGCAUUAAGAAGGCACAAACUGCCGUCGCCGAGCUUGGGUGGUUGGCCGGGUUUCGCGACGGGUUCCUGAUGCCCGAGUGCCCCGUCCAGGAGACCUACUCGUCUCAAGCUCUACGUGGCUCGCCCCCAGACCCCACUCCGGACAGCGGCCACGUCUCGCAAGCGAACGACCGCACCGCGAUCAGUGACGAUAGGAAGCGCAGUGUCGGGACACGUCGGAGCUCAACCGAACACGACCUGUCUCGCUGUAAUGGGCGUUUUACUGCCUUUGUUGCCACGCUGGUUCGGACGCUCGUUGGUUGGUCGGGUGAGGCGAGGUCCCGAGGUCCUCCUUCCCGCAGGUCCAGCGUCGACGGCCGGUUAGAGCUGUCUGGGGCUCGCGACACGCAGAGCCUCAGCCACGGCCUCGACCAGCAGAGUUCCUCGUUCUCGGCCGUUCAGCAGAGCUCCUCCUCCAGCAAGGUCCAGCAGAGCAGCUCGGAACAGAAGCAGUUCUCGUCCUCCAGCAUAAGCCAAGAGCGCGUGAGUAGUAGCACUCAACAGCAACAGCAGACCAAGGAGGAGCUUCAGCGCUUUGCCGAAACGCUUACUCUCAAGGACGACCUGUUCAGUACGCAGGAACAACAGCAACAGCAACAGGGAAGAGUCACCUCACACGGCGCUCACACUGCCGGGCAGGAUACACAGGCAGUGGCGGGGUCCGGGCAGGCCAGUGUGACACAGCGAGGCCAGAUUGACGGAGGUGGUGGACUGACAGCCACAGAUUCGGACUCGCUCAGUAUCUCGAAAAAUGAAUCGAAGUCGUCCUCGAUGGCAGCCUCGUCCUCGUCCCACGUUUCGAAGUCGGUCUCUUCCUCGCACGUGUCCUCCUCUUCUUCUACCUCGAUGGUCAAGGAACAGCGCUCGUCCUCGUCCUCGAAGAAGGUGUCGAGUACGGAGGAGAGCUUCAGCGUCUCCGGACAGAGCUCGCGCGACUACCGAAGCAGCAGCAGCAGCAGGAAGGAGUCCUCGGAGAGCAGGAGCAUGUCGCAGCAGAAGAAGAGCGUGUCGCAGGAGGUGAAGAUGGUGAAGCAGAGCGAGAGUCGGCAGCUGUCGUCGUCCAUGGAGAGUCAGCAGAUGACAGAGCAGCAGAUGAUAGAGCAGCAGGGGCGUGAGAGCCAGGUCGCUUCGAUAGAGCACCAGCGCGGACAGGACCUGAGCGUCUCAGAAAGACUCGCCUCGAAGGAGCAGCAACAACAGGUAUCCCUCUCGAGCCAGGAGUCAUCUUCGGUGAGCCAACAGAUGUCCUCCAUGAGCCAAAAAAUGUCGUCGACCAGCGAAAGGGUUUCGCAGACGUCAUCAACGAGCCAGCAGAUGUCGUCCUCGACCAGCGAACAGGUGUCGCAGUCGAGCCAACAGAUCUCGUCGGCGAGCCAGGAGUUCUCCUCCACGAGACAGCACAUCUCGUCGAGCGAGCAGAACGUCUCGCAGAGCCUCCAGGUCUCCCACAGCGAGGAGACGUCGAGGCGGGAGGCGACGAUGGCCAGCCAGCAGAUUAGCUCAGAGUCGCGCGUCACAGCCGGCCAACACGUAGUCGACGGAACAGUGAACAGAACUCGCCAAGACGUUUCCAGCCUCCAGUUGGGCAAGGGAGAUUACUUCGGAAAAAGCACAGAGAAAGUAGAAUACAUGACAGUAUCUGGCCAUGCUCUGACAUCAGGCAAAAGAGCAGAUAACCUCAAACUCCAAGGCGACCUCUACUACCCCGAGAAGACCUCCCCGGGCAAGGGCGACCGAGCCGACGUCAAAAGGCCCACGGACAACCUGAGACCCCAAGGUGACUUCACCGCCCCCGAGAAGACUUCACCCGGCAAGGGAGACCGAGCAGAUGUCAGAAAACCUACAGACAAUUUGAGAACCGAAGGAGACUUCACCGGGAAAGAGAAGACCUCCCCGGGCAAGGGAGACCGAGCAGACGUCAAGAGACCCUCGGAUAACUUAAGACCAGAAGGAGACUUCAUCGCUCCGGACAAGACCUCACCGGGCGUUGGCGACCGCGCGGCCGUCAGGAGACCACAGGACAACCUAGCUCCGUCUGGCGAUUUCGAGGGUGUCAGCACAAGUAAAGACCAAUACACUGUUGUCCAGGGAGAUCGAGCCGAUGUAAAGCGCUACCAAGAUUCUCUGAAAGUCGACGGGGAGUUCACCAGUGUCACUUCCAGCAAAGAGUCUUUCCAGAAGCACGAAUCCAUCUCACACUCGGAGCGCGUUGUGCACCAGGACAACAUCAGGCUCGAGGGUGAGAUGGAAACGAUGAAAACCUCCUCGCAAAGUGAAUACAUUGAGAGAGCGGGCGACAGGCCCAAGUUACAAAGGAAGAAGACCUGGACCAAGCUAGAGGGAGAAAUGUACAUGAACAGGUCCAGCGACGAAUACCAGUCAUAUCAACAGACUGAGAGGAGCCAGGUCAUCAGGCAUGAGGACAACCUUAGAAUGGAAGGUGUCAUGGAAGGACUUACCAAGGAUACUUCACCAGUGAAGGGUGAAAGAGCACCAGCCAAGCGACAUCCUGACAACCUGAAACUGGAAGGAAACUUUGAAGGAAAGUCACCAGAAGGUGCUCCUCUGGGAGAGAGAGCACCAAUGAAGAAAUAUCCUGACAACUUGAAACUUGAAGGUGACUUUGAAGGGAAACCUCAGGAUGGAGUACCAAUGGGUGACAGGGCGCCAAUGAAGCGAUAUCCAGAUAACUUAAAGCUAUCUGGUGAUUUUGAAGGUCGCCCAGAAGAGGGAGCUCCUGUUGGCCAAAGAGAACCCAUCCAAAGGUAUCCUGAUAAUCUCAGGAUGGAGGGUGAAUUCGCAGGGCGUUCCCGAAGCCGGAGCCCUGUCAAGGGUGAACGAUCCAUGAUCAAACGUCAUCCUGAUAAUCUAAAAAUGGAAGGGACCUUCGAGGGCAUGGAACGAAGCAGAAGUCCAACAAAAGGAGAGCGAGUACCAACUAAGAAGCAUCCUGACAACCUUAAGGUCGAGGGAGAUUUUCUCGGGAAGUCGCCUGAAGCUGCUCCUAAAGGUGAGCGAGCAGCGAUCAAAAAGCAUCCAGACAAUCUAAAAAUUGAGGGAGACUUUGAGCCAAAACCCAGAGGUCGAAGCCCAACAAAGGGUGAAAGAGCCAAAACCAAGAAACAUCCAGAUAACUUAAAGGUGGAAGGAGACUUUGAAGGGAAACCAAGGGAACCAGCACCUAAAGGAGACAGGGCAGCUAUAAAGAAGCAUGAAGAUAACCUGAAGAUGGAAGGCACACACACAAUGAGGGAGAGGAGCAAGAGCCCGGUAAAGGGGGAGAGAGCUCCAAUCAAAAAGCAUCCUGACAACUUAAAACUUCAAGGAGAUUUCGAAGGGAAGCCUCAUGAUGAAGCUCCACUUCGAGGUGAGAGGGCCAAAGUCAUUCGACAUACAGACCAACUGCACAUGGAAGGAGAUUUCAAUAUGGAGAAAAAGGAGCAGGUAACAUUCAAAGGGGAGAGAGUUGAGAUUACAAGGCACGAAGAUAAUCUGAGAAUGGAGGGAAGCUUUACAGGAAAAGAAACUGAAUAUCAGCAGUUCAAGGGAGAAAGAAGCAAAGUUGUAAGACAUGAGGAUAAUCUUCGAAUGCAAGGAGACUUCAUUGGUAAAGAAUAUGAAGAAGUGACUAUUGGAGAACGAGCACCAGUUAAGAGACACCCAGACAAUUUGCGAAUGGAAGGAGACUUCCAAGCUCCAAAACCAGGUGAAGCUCCAAGAGGGGAAAGAGCCCCUGUCAAACGCCAUCCUGACAACCUAAAGAUGACUGGAGACUUCCAAGGUAAAGAAGAAGAUUACAGAAUUGUACGAGGAGAGAGAGUAGAGGUUGUACGCCGUGAAGACAACUUACGCAUGGAAGGAGAAUUCAUAGGUAAGGAAUAUGAAGAAGUUAUUGUAGGUGAAAGAGCACCAGUAAAAAGACAUCCAGACAAUCUUCGAAUGGAUGGAGACUUUUAUGCUCCUGGUCCUGAGGAUGCUCCACGUGGAGAAAGAGCACCUGUUAAGAAACAUCCUGAUAACCUUAAGCUAGGAGGAGACUUCCAAGGAAAACCUCGUGAAGAUGCUCCUUAUGCUGAGAGAGCUCCAGUCAAGAGGCACCCAGACAAUCUUCGGAUGGAUGGAGAUUUCUAUGCUCCUAGUCCUGAGGAUGCUCCACGUGGAGAAAGAGCACCUGUUAAGAAACAUCCUGAUAACCUUAAGCUAGGAGGAGACUUCCAAGGAAAACCCCGUGAAGAUGCUCCUUAUGCUGAGAGAGCUCCAGUCAAGAGGCACCCAGACAAUCUUCGGAUGGAUGGAGAUUUCUAUGCUCCUAGUCCUGAGGAUGCUCCACGUGGAGAAAGAGCACCUGUUAAGAAACAUCCUGAUAACCUUAAGCUAGGAGGAGACUUCCAAGGAAAACCUCGUGAAGAUGCUCCUUAUGCUGAGAGAGCUCCUGUGAAGAAACACCCAGACAAUCUUCGAAUGGAUGGAGACUUCUAUGCCCCAACCCCUGAAAAUGCACCUCGUGGUGAGAGAGCACCUGUAAAACGUCAUCCAGAUAACCUACGCAUGACCGGAGAUUUUAUUGGCAAGGAAGAAGAGUAUGUUACUAGGCGAGGAGAGAGAGUUGAAAUUGUGCGUCGUGAAGACAAUCUCCGAAUGGAAGGAGAAUUUAUUGGCAAAGAAUAUGAACAGGUAACAAUUGGAGAGAGGGCUCCAGUCAAGAAACAUCCUGACAACUUAAAGAUGGUUGGAGACUUUGAAGGAAAGCCUCGUGAAGAUGCUCCAUAUGCAGAAAGAGCUCCAGUUAAGAAGCACCCAGAUAACCUUCGAAUGGAUGGAGACUUCUAUGCCCCUACCCCAGAAGAUGCUCCUCGUGGUGAAAGAGCACCUGUAAAACGUCAUCCGGAUAACUUACGCAUGACUGGAGACUUUAUUGGCAAGGAAGAAGAAUACACUAUCAAGCGAGGUGAGAGAGUUGAAGUUGUUCGACGUGAGGACAACCUUCGCAUGGAGGGAGAGUUUAUUGGGAAAGAGUAUGAACAGGUAACAAUUGGAGAGAGGGCUCAAGUCAAGAAACAUCCUGACAACCUCAAAAUGGUUGGAGACUUUGAAGGAAAGCCUCGUGAAGAUGCUCCAUAUGCAGAAAGAGCUCCAGUCAAGAAACACCCUGACAAUCUCCGUAUGGAUGGAGACUUCUAUGCACCAUCGCCUGAGGAUGCACCUCGUGGUGAGAGAGCCCCUGUAAAACGUCAUCCGGAUAACUUACGCAUGACUGGAGACUUCAUUGGCAAAGAAGAAGAGUACACUAUCAAGCGAGGAGAGAGAGUGGAAGUUGUUCGGCGUGAGGACAACCUUCGCAUGGAGGGAGAAUUCAUUGGUAAGGAGUAUGAGCAAGUGACAGUAGGAGAGAGGGCCCCAAUCAAGAAACAUCCUGACAAUCUCAAGAUGGUUGGAGACUUUGAAGGGAAGCCUCGUGAAGAUGCUCCAUAUGCAGAGAGGGCUCCAGUCAAGAAACAUCCUGACAACCUCCGAAUGGAUGGAGACUUCUACGCUCCAACUCCUGGAGAUGCUCCUCGUGGUGAAAGAGCUCCUGUGAAGAAACAUCCUGAUAACCUUAAGCUAGGAGGAGACUUCCAGGGAAAACCUCGUGAAGAUGCUCCUUAUGCUGAGAGAGCUCCAGUCAAGAGGCACCCAGACAACCUUCGAAUGGAUGGAGACUUUUAUGCUCCUACCCCAGAAGAUGCUCCUCGAGGUGAACGGGCUCCAGUCAAGAAACAUCCUGACAAUCUUAAGAUGGUUGGAGACUUUGAAGGAAAGCCUCGUGAAGAUGCUCCAUAUGCAGAGAGGGCUCCAGUCAAGAAACAUCCUGACAACCUCCGAAUGGAUGGAGAUUUCUAUGCUCCAACUCCCGGAGAUGCUCCUCGAGGUGAAAGAGCUCCAAUCAAGAAACAUCCUGACAACCUUAAAAUGGUUGGAGACUUUGAAGGAAAGCCUCGUGAAGAUGCUCCUUAUGCUCAGAGAGCUCCUGUGAAGAAACAUCCAGACAACCUUCGAAUGGAUGGAGACUUUUAUGCUCCUUCUCCGGAAGAUGCUCCUCGUGGCGAAAGGGCUCCAGUCAAGAAACAUCCUGACAAUCUGAAAAUGGUUGGAGAUUUCGAAGGAAAGCCUCGUGAAGAUGCUCCAUAUGCAGAGAGAGCUCCUGUGAAGAAACAUCCCGACAACCUCCGAAUGGAUGGAGAUUUCUAUGCUCCAACUCCUGGAGAUGCUCCUCGAGGUGAAAGAGCUCCAAUCAAGAAACAUCCUGACAACCUCAGAAUGGUUGGAGACUUUGAAGGAAAGCCACGUGAAGAUGCUCCAUAUGCAGAGAGGGCUCCAGUCAAGAAACACCCAGACAACCUUCGAAUGGAUGGAGACUUUUAUGCCCCUACCCCAGAAGAUGCUCCCAGAGGAGAAAGAGCACCAGUAAAACGCCACCCAGAUAAUCUUCGUAUGACAGGAGACUUCACUGGUAAAGAAGAAGAGUAUACUAUUAAGCGAGGAGAGAGAGUAGAAGUUGUUAGGCGUGAGGACAAUCUUCGAAUGGAAGGAGAGUUUAUUGGGAAAGAGUAUGAGCAGGUCACCAUAGGAGAAAGAGCUCCAGUCAAGAAACAUCCUGAUAAUCUUAAGAUGGUCGGAGAUUUUGAAGGGAAACCACGUGAAGAAGCCCCUUAUGCUCAGAGAGCUCCCGUCAAGAAACACCCUGACAAUCUCCGUAUGGAUGGAGACUUCUAUGCACCAUCGCCUGAGGAUGCACCUCGUGGUGAGAGAGCCCCUGUAAAACGUCAUCCAGAUAACUUACGCAUGACAGGAGACUUCAUUGGCAAGGAAGAAGAGUACACUGUCAAGCGAGGAGAGAGAGUGGAAGUUGUUCGGCGUGAGGACAACCUUCGCAUGGAGGGAGAAUUCAUUGGUAAGGAGUAUGAGCAAGUGACAGUAGGAGAGAGGGCCCCAAUCAAGAAACAUCCUGACAAUCUCAAGAUGGUUGGAGACUUUGAAGGAAAGCCUCGUGAAGAUGCUCCAUAUGCAGAGAGGGCUCCAGUCAAGAAACAUCCUGACAACCUCCGAAUGGAUGGAGACUUCUAUGCUCCAACUCCUGGAGAUGCCCCUCGUGGCGAAAGAGCUCCAAUCAAGAAACAUCCUGACAAUCUUAAGAUGGUUGGAGACUUUGAAGGAAAGCCUCGUGAAGAUGCUCCAUAUGCUCAGAGAGAACCAGUUAAGAAACAUCCCGAUAACCUCCGAAUGGAUGGAGACUUCUAUGCUCCUACCCCAGAAGGUGCUCCUCGAGGUGAACGGGCUCCAGUCAAGAAACAUCCUGACAAUCUUAAGAUGGUUGGAGACUUUGAAGGAAAGCCUCGUGAAGAUGCUCCAUAUGCAGAGAGGGCUCCAGUCAAGAAACAUCCUGACAACCUCCGAAUGGAUGGAGACUUCUAUGCUCCAACUCCUGGAGAUGCCCCUCGUGGCGAAAGAGCUCCAAUCAAGAAACAUCCUGACAAUCUUAAGAUGGUUGGAGACUUUGAAGGAAAGCCUCGUGAAGAUGCUCCAUAUGCUCAGAGAGAACCAGUUAAGAAACAUCCCGAUAACCUCCGAAUGGAUGGAGACUUCUAUGCUCCUACCCCAGAAGAUGCUCCUCGAGGUGAACGGGCUCCAGUCAAGAAACAUCCUGACAAUCUUAAGAUGGUUGGAGACUUUGAAGGAAAGCCUCGUGAAGAUGCUCCAUAUGCAGAGAGGGCUCCAGUCAAGAAACAUCCUGACAACCUCCGAAUGGAUGGAGACUUCUAUGCUCCUACCCCAGAAGAUGCUCCUCGAGGUGAACGGGCUCCAGUCAAGAAACAUCCUGACAAUCUUAAGAUGGUUGGAGACUUUGAAGGAAAGCCUCGUGAAGAUGCUCCUUAUGCAGAGAGAGCUCCAGUCAAGAAACACCCUGACAAUCUCCGAAUGGAUGGAGACUUCUAUGCUCCAACUCCUGGAGAUGCUCCUCGAGGUGAACGGGCUCCAAUCAAGAAACAUCCUGACAAUCUUAGGAUGGUUGGAGACUUUGAAGGAAAGCCUCGUGAAGAUGCUCCAUAUGCUCAAAGAGAACCAGCUAAGAAACAUCCUGACAACCUCCGAAUGGAUGGAGACUUCUAUGCUCCUACUCCAGAAGAUGCUCCUCGAGGUGAACGGGCUCCAGUCAAGAAACAUCCUGACAAUCUUAAGAUGGUUGGAGACUUUGAAGGAAAGCCUCGUGAAGAUGCUCCAUAUGCAGAGAGGGCUCCAGUCAAGAAACACCCAGACAAUCUUCGAAUGGAUGGAGACUUCUACGCUCCAACUCCUGGAGAUGCUCCUCGAGGUGAACGGGCUCCAAUCAAGAAACAUCCUGACAAUCUUAAGAUGGUUGGAGACUUUGAAGGAAAGCCUCGUGAAGAUGCUCCAUAUGCAGAAAGAGCUCCAGUCAAGAAACAUCCCGACAACCUCCGAAUGGAUGGAGACUUUUAUGCUCCUACUCCAGAAGAUGCUCCUCGAGGUGAACGGGCUCCAGUCAAGAAACAUCCUGACAAUCUUAGGAUGGUUGGAGACUUUGAAGGAAAGCCUCGUGAAGAUGCUCCAUAUGCUCAAAGAGAACCAGCUAAGAAACAUCCUGACAACCUCCGAAUGGAUGGAGACUUCUAUGCUCCUACUCCAGAAGAUGCUCCUCGAGGUGAACGGGCUCCAGUCAAGAAACAUCCUGACAAUCUUAAGAUGGUUGGAGACUUUGAAGGAAAGCCUCGUGAAGAUGCUCCAUAUGCAGAGAGGGCUCCAGUCAAGAAACACCCAGACAAUCUUCGAAUGGAUGGAGACUUCUACGCUCCAACUCCUGGAGAUGCUCCUCGAGGUGAACGGGCUCCAAUCAAGAAACAUCCUGACAAUCUUAAGAUGGUUGGAGACUUUGAAGGAAAGCCUCGUGAAGAUGCUCCAUAUGCAGAAAGAGCUCCAGUCAAGAAACAUCCCGACAACCUCCGAAUGGAUGGAGACUUCUAUGCUCCUACUCCAGAAGAUGCUCCUCGAGGUGAACGGGCUCCAGUCAAGAAACAUCCUGACAAUCUUAGGAUGUCUCUGGAUGGAGACUUCUAUGCUCCAACUCCUGGAGAUGCUCCUCGAGGUGAACGGGCUCCAAUCAAGAAACAUCCUGACAAUCUUAAGAUGGUUGGAGACUUUGAAGGAAAGCCUCGUGAAGAUGCUCCAUAUGCAGAAAGAGCUCCAGUCAAGAAACAUCCCGACAACCUCCGAAUGGAUGGAGACUUCUAUGCUCCAACUCCUGGAGAUGCUCCUCGUGGCGAAAGGGCUCCAAUCAAGAAACAUCCUGACAAUCUUAGGAUGGUUGGAGACUUUGAAGGAAAGCCUCGUGAAGAUGCUCCAUAUGCUCAAAGAGAACCAGCUAAGAAACACCCAGACAACCUCCGAAUGGAUGGAGACUUCUAUGCUCCUACCCCAGAAGAUGCUCCUCGAGGUGAACGGGCUCCAGUCAAGAAACAUCCUGACAACCUCAGAAUGGUUGGAGACUUUGAAGGAAAGCCUCGUGAAGAUGCUCCAUAUGCAGAGAGGGCUCCAGUCAAGAAACAUCCUGACAAUCUCCGUAUGGAUGGAGACUUCUAUGCACCAUCGCCUGAGGAUGCACCUCGUGGUGAGAGAGCCCCUGUAAAACGUCAUCCGGAUAACUUACGCAUGACUGGAGACUUCAUUGGCAAGGAAGAAGAAUAUACUAUCAAGCGAGGAGAGAGAGUGGAAGUUGUUCGGCGUGAGGACAACCUUCGCAUGGAGGGAGAAUUCAUUGGUAAGGAGUAUGAGCAAGUGACAGUAGGAGAGAGGGCCCCAAUCAAGAAACAUCCUGACAAUCUCAAGAUGGUUGGAGACUUUGAAGGGAAGCCUCGUGAAGAUGCUCCAUAUGCAGAGAGGGCUCCAGUCAAGAAACAUCCUGACAACCUCCGAAUGGAUGGAGACUUCUAUGCCCCUACCCCAGAAGAUGCCCCUCGUGGUGAAAGAGCACCUGUAAAACGUCAUCCAGAUAACUUACGCAUGACUGGAGACUUCAUUGGCAAGGAAGAAGAAUACACUAUCAAGCGAGGAGAGAGAGUGGAAGUUGUUCGCCGAGAAGAUAAUCUUCGUAUGGAGGGAGAAUUCAUUGGAAAGGAAUACGAGCAAGUCACGAGAGGAGAAAGGGCUCCCAUCAAGAAACAUCCUGACAAUCUUAAGAUGGUCGGGGACUUUGAAGGAAAGCCUCGUGAAGAAGCUCCAUAUGCAGAGAGGGCUCCAGUCAAGAAACACCCAGAUAACCUCCGAAUGGAUGGAGACUUCUAUGCUCCUACUCCAGAAGAUGCUCCUCGAGGUGAACGGGCUCCAGUCAAGAAACAUCCUGACAACCUCAGAAUGGUUGGAGACUUUGAAGGAAAGCCUCGUGAAGAUGCUCCAUAUGCAGAGAGAGCUCCAGUCAAGAAACAUCCUGACAACCUGCGAAUGGAUGGAGACUUCUACGCUCCAACUCCUGGAGAUGCUCCUCGAGGCGAACGGGCUCCAAUCAAGAAGCACCCUGAUAACCUCAGAAUGGUUGGAGACUUUGAAGGAAAGCCUCGUGAAGAUGCUCCAUAUGCAGAGAGGGCUCCAGUCAAGAAACAUCCUGACAACCUCCGAAUGGAUGGAGACUUCUACGCUCCAACUCCUGGAGAUGCUCCUCGAGGCGAACGGGCUCCAAUCAAGAAGCACCCUGAUAACCUCAGAAUGGUUGGAGACUUUGAAGGAAAGCCUCAUGCUCCUCGAGGCGAACGGGCUCCAAUCAAGAAGCACCCUGAUAACCUCAGAAUGGUUGGAGACUUUGAAGGAAAGCCUCGUGAAGAUGCUCCAUAUGCAGAGAGGGCUCCAGUCAAGAAACAUCCUGACAACCUCCGAAUGGAUGGAGACUUCUACGCUCCAACUCCUGGAGAUGCUCCUCGUGGUGAACGGGCUCCAAUCAAGAAGCACCCUGAUAACCUCAGAAUGGUUGGAGACUUUGAAGGAAAGCCUCGUGAAGAUGCUCCAUUUGCAGAGAGGGCUCCAGUCAAGAAACAUCCUGACAACCUCCGAAUGGAUGGAGACUUCUACGCUCCAACUCCUGGAGAUGCUCCUCGUGGUGAACGGGCUCCAAUCAAGAAGCACCCUGACAAUCUCAGAAUGGUUGGAGACUUUGAAGGAAAGCCUCGUGAAGAUGCUCCAUUUGCAGAGAGGGCUCCAGUCAAGAAACAUCCUGACAACCUCCGAAUGGAUGGAGACUUCUACGCUCCAACUCCUGGAGAUGCUCCUCGUGGCGAAAGGGCUCCAAUCAAGAAACAUCCUGACAAUCUUAGGAUGGCUGGAGACUUUGAAGGAAAGCCUCGUGAAGAUGCUCCAUAUGCAGAAAGAGCUCCAGUCAAGAAACAUCCUGACAACCUCCGAAUGGAUGGAGACUUCUAUGCUCCAACACCUGAAGAUGCACCUCGUGGUGAGAGAGCACCAGUGAAACGUCAUCCUGAUAACUUGCAAAUGUCUGGUGAGUUCAUUGGUAAAGAAGAGGAAUUCAUCUUCAAGCGCGGAGAGAGGGUUGAUGUUGUUCGCCGAGAAGACAAUCUGCGAAUGGAGGGAGAAUUUAUUGGUAAAGAAUACGAACAAGUCACAGUGGGAGAGAGAGCUCCAGUGAGGAGACAUCCUGACAACCUUCGAAUGGAUGGUGAUUUCUACGCUCCAGUUCCAGAAGAUGCUCCUAAGGGUGAAAGAGCCCCUGUAAAACGUCAUCCAGACAACCUUCGCAUGACUGGGAAGUUCGAAGGAAAGGAAGAGGAACAUGUUUUUACUCGGGGUGAAAGAGCAGAAAUUGUACGUAGAGAAGACAAUCUUCAUAUGGUAGGAGAAUUCAUUGGCAAAGAACAUGAAGAAGUUAAGAUCGGUGAAAGAGUAACUGUGAAGAAACAUGAAGAUAAUCUUAGAAUGGAUGGACAGUUCUAUGCUCCUACCCCAGAAGAUGCUCCUCGUGGUGAACGGGCUCCAAUCAAGAAGCACCCUGAUAACCUCAGAAUGGUUGGAGACUUUGAAGGAAAGCCUCGUGAAGAUGCUCCAUAUGCAGAGAGGGCUCCAGUCAAGAAACAUCCUGACAACCUCCGAAUGGAUGGAGACUUCUACGCUCCAACUCCUGGAGAUGCUCCUCGUGGUGAACGGGCUCCAAUCAAGAAGCACCCUGACAAUCUCAGAAUGGUUGGAGACUUUGAAGGAAAGCCUCGUGAAGAUGCUCCUUAUGCAGAGAGGGCUCCAGUCAAGAAACAUCCUGACAACCUCCGAAUGGAUGGAGACUUCUAUGCUCCAACUCCUGGAGAUGCUCCUCGAGGUGAACGGGCUCCAGUCAAGAAACAUCCUGACAAUCUUAGGAUGGUUGGAGACUUUGAAGGAAAGCCUCGUGAAGAUGCUCCAUAUGCAGAGAGGGCUCCAGUCAAGAAACAUCCCGACAACCUUCGAAUGGAUGGAGACUUCUAUGCUCCAACUCCUGGAGAUGCUCCUCGUGGUGAGAGGGCUCCAGUCAAGAAACAUCCUGACAAUCUCAGAAUGGUUGGAGACUUUGAAGGAAAGCCUCGUGAAGAUGCUCCAUACGCAGAAAGAGCCCCAGUCAAGAAACACCCAGACAAUCUUCGAAUGGAUGGAGACUUCUAUGCUCCAUCACCUGAAGAUAUUCCUCGUGGAGAAAGAGCUCCAGUCAAGAAACAUCCCGACAAUCUCAGGCCAGAAGGAGAUUUCAUGGGACGGCCAAGGGAUCAACAGCCUCUUGUUGGUGACAGAGCCCAUAUUAGGAAGCUAGAAGAUAAUCUGCACAUGGAAGGUGAAUGGAUUGGCCAAUCAAGUACACACUAUGAUUAUCCAGUUGUAAGUGGAGUGCGGCAGGAGGUGUACAGACACUCAGACAACUUAAAACAAGAAGGAGAGUUCAUUGGUAAAACGCAUUUCACUGAUGACUACCAGCUUCAUCAGGUACAGCGCUCUCAAGCAGUUAAGCACAAGGACAAUCUGACUAUUGAAGGAAAAUACCACCUUGAGACAUUGCAAAAGGAUGCAUACAAGAUCCACAAAGGUGUUCGAGCUGAAAUUAAGAAACACAGUGAUAACCUCCAUCUAGAAGGAGAUUUUGCUGGACGUCCACAUGAGUUGGCACCUCUUAAGGGAGAUCGAGCAUCCAUUGUACGUCAUCCUGAUCAUCUUAAACCUGAUGGAGAAUUUGAGGGAAAGCCCACAGAAGAAGCACCACGAGGAGAGCGUGCACCUGUCAAGAAACAUCCAGAUAAUCUGAAGAUGGAAGGUACCUUUGAAGGGAAACCACUCGAAGAUAGUCCACUGAGGGGAGAACGAGCAACAAUCAAGAAACAUGAAGAUUCUCUGAAGAUGGAAGGCAGCUUUGAGGGUCGACAUGUAUCCGCAGUUAAACGAGGCGAGCGUGCAGAAGUUCAUAAACACACUGAUAACUUGAAAAUGGAAGGUGAUAUGACAUUCAUUCGUGAAGAAGCUGCUACAAGAGGAGAGAGGGCAGAGAUCAGCAGACAUGCAGACAAUUUGAAGAUGGAAGGAGAUUUAGAAAUAACAAAGAAGACAUUUGCUACUAAAGGAGAAAGAGCCACAACUCAAAAGUAUGAGGAUACUUUGAAAAUGGAGGGAGACAUGCUGAUCACUAAGAAGGAAAUGGUGACUAAGGGAGAGAGAGCAGAGAUAAAGAAACACAAGGACACCCUUAAAAUCGACGGAGAAUUCGAAGGAAAGAAAAAGUCUGCAGUGUUGCGCGGAGAACGGGCAGAAGUAAAGAAACACAAGGACAAUCUAAAGAUGGAGGGUGAUAUGAAUAUUGAAAAGAAAACUUCUGUAAUCAAGGGUGAACGAGCAACUAUCAAAAAGCAUGAGGAUUCAUUAAAACUUGAGGGUGACAUGACCUUCACAAAAGAGGAAAGCAUCGGAAGGGGGGAAAGAGCACAUAUCAAGAAGCAUGAAGAUACAUUGAAAAUGGAAGGAUCAUUUGAAGGACGAAGGAAAUCUGCUGCAGCUGCCAAGGGUGAAAGAGCAGAUGUGAAGAAGCCUAAGGAUAACCUGAAGACAGAAGGUGAGUUUAGAACCACUCGGAAGUCUGCGGUGACAAAGGGUGAGCGUGCUGAGAUAAAGAAACAUGAAGACAACUUGAAGAUGGAAGGAAAGCUUGAAAUAACAAAGGAAACCUCUUCGGUUGUGAGAGGUGAAAGAGCUGAGAUUAAGAAGCAUGAAGACUCUCUGAGAAUGGAAGGCUCUUUCGAAGGAAGGAGGAAGAGUGCUGCAACCUUCAAAGGAGAACGAGUUGAAAUCCGGAAACACGAAGAUCAUCUGAAAAUGGAAGGGACUUUCGAGGGAUUCCAGAGGACAAGUACACCUGCUAAAGAUGGCGUGAAAAGAAACGAAACUUUCAAAGUAAAGGGCGAAAGAGCACAAGUCAAGAAACAUGAAGACAACCUGAAGAUGGAAGGAGAGUUCUAUGCACAAUCUCCGAACAUUAGCCCUAUUAAAGGAGACCGAGCGGAUGUUAAGAAGCCAAAAGAUAACUUGAGUGUGACUGGGCCCUUCGAAGGUAGACCUAAAGAAGGACCUGGAGUUGGAGAGCGACCACCGCCUUACAAAUAUGAUGAUAAUCUCAAAAUGGAGGGCGACUUCGAAGGCAGGAGAAGAGGAUCACCUGGAAAGGGUGAACGUCUUCCUCAGAAGAGGCAUCCUGACAAUCUCAAGAUGGAAGGGAGUAUGGAUGGACGUGCAAAAGAAAGUCCUGGAACAGGUGAAAGACUUCCUCAGAAACGGUACCCAGAUAACCUUAAGUUAGAUGGAAGCUUUGAGGGUAAGACCAAAGAGAGCCCAGGUGCUGGUGAAAGACUGCCACAGAAAAGAUACCCUGAUAACCUCAAGGUCGAAGGUGACUUUGCAGGUCGUCCCAAAGGUAGUCCAGGAGCAGGUGAACGACUACCUCAGAAGCGUUAUCCCGACAACCUGAAGAUAGAGGGAGACUUUGAAGGUCGGCGACGAUCAUCUCCAGGCGUGGGAGACAGAGUCUCACCCACGAAAUACGAAGACAGUCUGAAGCUCGAGGGAGAGUUUACAGGAUCCAGGAGAGAAAGCGCUGUUGUUAAUGGAAAAGCAGAGGUUCAGCAAUCACAAGUUAGUGUAGCUGGAAGUAGUGGAAAGAUCCGACGUGACACUGUAGUGCUGAAGUCUGGAGAAUCCAUGGCAACUAAGUUAGCAUCGGAAUCUGUAACCUCCAAGACAGAAGAAUCCUCCUCCAUUCAGAAGUCCAGCUCUGCAAAGAGUGACACCAGUACUAACAGAGAUGUGAGGACAGUCGAGUCGUACACAGCUGAUGGGCGUAAAGUCACCCGAGUCAUAACCAAAGAAAGCCGAGAAACAAAGUCAGCCACACGUGCCGAGUCCAGGGCUACCAGUGUCAAGUCCACUACUGAAGAACGUAAAAUUUCAUCUGCUGAGGCCAAGCUUGAAGCUUCUUCGCUGAGUACGUCCCAUGCCAGAGGGACAAAAGAAAAAUCUCCCACUCCUGCAACAACCCCUACUGGUCGUGGUCGCCAUAACCAGUCCUCUUUCUCCUUGGCUGAGGAUUCCAGUAAGAUGGAAACAACCACACGUUCUUCAGGUAUCAAGAAGGCCACAUCAAAGAGCAACAUCAACUUAGGUCUCGAAGUCGGCAAAGGAGAAUCCACAGCUACAACACGAGAGAUGGCUUCUUCCCUCCGACAAGCAGAAGCUCUAGACCUCCGAGGCAGCACCAAGGUCGAUGGCUCUUCCUCCUCCUCCACGUCUCACGGCGCCACUCAUUCCUCACACAUCGCCGGCAGCAGCCAAGAGGAGUACCGCAAGUGGUCCGCCAACCAUCAGCAACAGAGCGAGCAGAGGCGAGUGUCCUCGAGCAGCUCGGCCACCAACCGCGUGGAGCAGCGAGUGACGAGAGGGCGUGGCAACGCAUCUUCCAUCACCUUCCACUCCGAGUACGACCCCUGGAGGGACGCCACCAUCACUCGGCGGGGAGAGUGGCAGAUCGUGACCCCGUGCCCCGCCUCCCUGCUCGACACCCGCGCCUCGAACUACAGAGCAAAGGAAAACGCACCCAAACCCAAGGAGCACAAGUUUUACCUCCCCAUAGUUGAGUGAGUGUGAGACUUCCGUAAACAAAUGGACUUAAUGAGAAAAAAAACGUUUAAUCUAUGAAGACAAACCGCCUUACAUGGUCCAAGUAAAAGGUCAUGUUAGAUAUUAAUGAUUCCUUUUAUUUUUGCACAGUAAUGCUCAUUUAACCUGUGAUGUUGACUGCCUUAAGACUGAUUCUCCAGUGUUUCUACAGUAGGAAAUGCUUAAGCUGUGAUUACUUCAAUAAGUAAGGAAAAAAGUAUACACUUGAAGAUUAUAAGCAGAGCAGCUGUAAUAUUCUUGUAUGUGACAUUUCGACGAAGUGCUUUUGAAGUUGUUACAUCCCAUGCCAUUUUUACUUAUUUUUAUAAUCUAGAAUAAGACUGUAGCAUUUUUCUCAAUCAAAACGAACGAAGACAAUAGUCUGCUUUCUGUACUGUUAGUGGGAAACUUUAUAACUCGAAAGGGAUAAUAUACACACACAUAUUAUAUACAAACAUAUUUAUAAAUAUAUAUUUUUUAUCACAGUGUUCAACAUUUAACGCAAAAGAGAAAAACAGAAACAAAGAGUAGUUCUCAGCAGGCGUUCUGUUUACCCUUGCGUCUCAGGAUUUAGGGGACAUCUCCUGGGACGUGAAGCUAAACGACGACUGUGUCUUCGGGCCUCUGUCUCCGGCCUGGCCCCUCGCCAAGCCCAGGGCAGACGGCUCGGCCCAGGCAUGUUGUGACCUUACGAUUCAUGCCUUUGGUCUAACCAACCCGUGUUAUUUUUUUUUUUUUUUUUUUUUUUUUUUUUUACAUCCCCUCCUGUUGCCAAAAGAAUGGAUAUGGGAUAUAGGAAGUGGGAAAAGGAGGAUGGAUAUCUAGGUGUAUAUUUAGAUAUUGAAGUGUAUAUGAAGUUUGCGAAAAUGUGUCUUUAGUUCAGAACCGAAAGAUAUUUUUUUAAUUGUCACUUAUCUCCUUUUCCCAUUGUCUGUUUCCUCGUCUCCAGUGACGGGAGGAGUUAGCUGUAGUUUCUAUAUAUUUAAAAGAAAGAAAUUUGGUGCUUGGUUGUGUAUUUUUGUUUUGUUUUUAGUACUGUUUUUAACGAAUAUAACAGAAAUGUAACGAUGCAUUUUUAAAAUGAAUUUACCCAUUAAAGACAAUGUGUGAAUUUACAGUGUUUGGUAUACUGAUAUGAAUAUGAUUUAUAUGAAUUAAUUUGAAUUAUUUAUUUUCUAUUUUACUGUUUUUGUUAAUAGUAUAUAUAUAUGCAUUUUACUGAAUGAGUUCGAGGUUUCCACUGUAGUGAUAGUCGGAAAACCGAAUUAUAUAUGUUUGUUGGUGCCAUAAGACAAAAGAAAACGGGGAAGCUCUAACCUCGUUUUCAAACAAGUAUAUCGAUUGUUCACAACAGCAACGGGCAGAACAAAGAAAGGAAAAGAAAAGAUGAAUAUCGCUAAAAGAAGAAAAAAAAAGCGAAAGAAUAAAACUGACCCAAGCUUGAGACAAGGCAAUAAAUUCAAAUUUAUUGAUCCUGUGUCUUCAGAAAGACUGGGAUAAAAUCCGUCCUUGCAACACCCCUACCCACCCCCCACCCACAACACCCCCAACCACAAUCCCGCCUACAUUAAUAUCUUCCAUCUUGCAAACCACAUUAUAUGUAGCAUACACCGUCUUUGUAUGUCUUGCUGCACGGUCACGCUAUCACUUUGCGUGUGUGUUAUUAUUUGCACACACACACUCCGUUUUUCUUGUUUUUUAAAUUAUUAUUAUCACUAUUUUCAUCAUUAUUGGUGUUGGCAUAAUAAGCUUCACUCACAAAAUCUCAUUUAUCGAAUAUUCGUACUAUUUUGUACACAGAACUUUCGUGUUUUCCAAAACUCACAGAAUGACCAUAUUAUUAUAGCAUUAUAAUAUAUUUAUUAAUAUAAAAAGGAUAUCAAGCAAAGCAUCGGUGUUGCAGCCUUUUUUGUUCUUUUUUUGCUACAUCAAUGUGAGUUUUGUAACUUGUUCCUAACCCAAUUGUCUACUUUUUCGGUUACCUUCCCGCCUCUUCAAGUCUUGGGUUUUUAACGAUCUUUAUAUAUACAUUUGUUUGUUUUUUUAUUUUAUUUAAUUGAGUGUUGCUUCUCGCUGCGUUUGCACUGGAGUUGCUUCUUCGUAUGUGCUUUAUUGUUAUCAAGGUGUUUUAGAAAGAAAAUUUACAAAAAGUAUAUAUAUAAACUUUUUUUUUUCAAAAAUGUGAUACUACAUUUAGCUCGACAAAUAAAGUGCUUGCUUAUUUCCUAUAUGGUAUGCUUAUGUUCCCCUCUUUAUUUGUUAUUUUUUAUUAUCAUUAUUGAUUUAUUUUGCAACUGCGGAAGUUUCCUGAUUUGGUUAUUAUAAUUUUUUAUCCAGCAUGGCAAUGUAAUUAUAAGAACGUGUUGGCUGAACCGAUUAAAAAAACAUCGGUUCUCAACAUGGAAACACGUGUGAACUGAACAUAGGGAAUUUUUACUCUUCCAUUGUGCUCAUAGGGCACGUUGAAUCCGCUUUGAAAUAUAUUAUUUCUGUCACAAAAUGAACUGACUCACUUGUAGAAAUAUUUUGAAUACAUGGGAUUGCCUC